UUAGUCGCGGUUCGAUCGGACUGUACGUGUCAAUCUAUCGACAAAUUUGAGUUUAUUGUUCUCCGAGUUUAUACGAGUGAAAACAUAAAUGGAUUACGCCAUAGGUUGGAAUCGUUUCAACUUGUCGGUAUUAGGAGUUUGGCCCGAACCUUCGAAGACGACGUUACGCUGGCGAUUAACGUCAGCCAGUAUCUUUUGGACGAGUACAACCGUGACCUUUUUAUUCAUAUGUGCACCACAAACGACAGAUCUGAUCCUGCAUUCGACUACUCUGGACGAAGCUAUAGAAAAUUUGUCCAUCAACAUACCAAUAGUUAUCUCUUUGGUCAAGCAACUCGUUUUACGAUAUCACGGAGAAGCUUUGAGAUUAUUACUCGUCGAGAUAGUCAAUGACUGGACUCAAACUUUACCGGAACCAGAACGUUUGACGAUGUUGAAAAAUGCUAAAAUGAGUCGUAGAUUAUGUUUCUUUUGUUCUAUUUUGGCGUAUAUAAUGAUGGUAGCCUUUAUAUCGCUUCAAAUUUAUUUGAAUACGGCCAAUGCCUCCGAAGUCGAUUUAGGAGGACUUUUGCAUCCAGCAACCUUCCCAUACGAUACCAAGAAAAGUCCAUACUUCGAGAUCACUUGGAUAGGACAAUUCAUGGGAACGAUUCUAACAAUCAUCUCUUAUUCUUGUUUCGAUACUUUUUUCGCAACUUUUGUUUUGCAUUUGUGCGGACAACUGUCGGUCUUGCAACUGAAUUUGAAAGAACUGGCGGAGACAGCAAAGCGCGACGUCACUUUGUUUCAGAACAGACUCGGCUUCAUUGUGAACAGGCACAACGAACUGUACAGAUUCGCCAUAAUAAUCGAGAAUUGUUUCAACCUUAUGCUACUCGGACAAACUUUGAUUUCGACGAUUAUGUUCUGCCUGACGGGAUAUCGUUUGAUCACGUCGAUGGGCUCGCACGAAGAAGAUGUGCCGAUAGUAGGAAAGGCAUUUUUCAUUAUUCACGUGAUAUACACGAUGUUGCAUUUAUAUAUAUAUUGUUACGUCGGUGAAACUCUUUUGGUAGAGAGCACAGGAAUAGCUUUUUCCGCUUACGAUUGCGAAUGGUACAACCUGCCACCAAAAAAGGCAAUGUGCCUGAUGAUAGUAAUUUGUCGAGCAAGAAUAGCAUUUCAAAUCACGAUUGGUAAAUUUAGUCCAUUAUCUUUAGAAUUGUUUGGUGCUAUCAUGAAAACGUCCGCUGGAUAUUUAUCAGUAUUACUAGCUGUGAAAGAAGAUCCUAUGGAAGAGUAACAAAAUGUAUUUUAUUUAUAACGAACAAGCGAUCGAAGAAUCAGAAAGACAAUUAAAAGUCGUUCAUACGUUAAUAUGUACAAGCAUGUAAUAUUUCGUUUGGAAUUUAAUAAUAAUUGUUGAUAAAAUGCGUCUAGUACAAAUACUGCAAAAUAAUUAUUUAAAUCAAUAUAAUGAAACCAAUACUGCAAUAGAAUAUUGAAAGAACUUAACGAAGUGUAUAAUAUUCAAACGUUCUUGUAACUAGGAAACGUGAUGAGUGUAACGAAAUUAAAUACCUC